AUGGCAGAUCUAGAAGUGGGUGAGCCGACCUACCAACAAGACCGAAGGAUACUUAAAAUCAUUUUAGUAUGGCUACUGGGAGGCAUCGCAUACAUUUGCGUCUAUUAUUCGAUAUUUGAUCAAGUACCUUUCUACUGGUUCCAUUACGAUAAGCAUCGUCACGAUUCUUUCCCUUCAGCUGCGCACAACUCAGAACCAUUCUAUGAUUCUUCACCCUCCACCGCGAAUAACCCAGAAAUUUAUUAUGAUCCUCCACACUCCACCGUUCAUGAGUCGAAAACUCUUCAUAAUUCUCCACCUUACACCACGCAUGAUUCUGAAAUUCUGCAUGAUUUUCCAUCUUCCGCCACGUAUAAUUCAGAAUCGCCUUCGCCGUCACAGACCCCUAAUGAUGCAUCCCCAGAAUCUCCAAAGCAUCCAUUGUCACAUCUUCAUCAAAUAUAUGUUGUGAACGCUUAUUACGUUAGGUUCUAUACACCUUCUUGUUUUUCUUCUUACUAUCUCUCGGCUAACAUGAGCACCAGCGUAGAACCCGGCAUUACGAACAGUUCGAAUGUUAAUCCAAAUUCUACACAAACGACAGAAAAAUCCGUAAAGUUAUCUAUAUCCUCAGAAAAUAUUACCAUCUGUUACCAAAGAAUCCACUUGGAGCAUCUGCAGUUCUAUGAGGAAUUAUCGAAAAAAGGAAUCACGAUAAAAAUUAGACAUGAAUUUUGGGAUUUGAUCAAUGUGGUGAGCAUUGAGUUCGAAGAGAAACACUUGGAUAUUGUGAAGAGUAUCAAAGGUGUCAAGAGUAUUCAGAGAGUGUAUAAUCACCGGAUAAUUCCUCGGGCAAUCGAAAGCCCAUUCGUGGAAUCUAAAAUCAUAAAUAAAAAACGUGAUGAUAACGAAUCAUUGGAGAAGCGGGAAUGGAUCCCGGAUGCAAAAAUUGAAUUCGCUCCUGGAAAUGAUGUAAAUUCAAUUCAUAAUCUCACUGGAGUUAAACUGGCCCGUCAAUAUUAUGGUUUAACCGGGAAAGAGAUUAAAGUCGGGGUCUUGGAUAGCGGGAUAGACUACACACACCCGGCACUUGGCGGAUGCUUUGGUGAGGGUUGUCGAGUACGCUAUGGCUAUGACUUUGUCGACGACGACCAUGAUCCUGGAGAUGAUUGCAUCGGUCAUGGAACUCACGUGGCCGGUAUCAUAGGAGGCGACGAUCGUAGACCUGAAGGAACUGGGUUCACGGGUGUUGCACCUGAUGUGAUAUUUGGAGCUUAUAAAGUGGUGAAGUGUAAUGGAUAUGCCCCUAAUGAUAUUAUAUUGAAAGGAAUGCAAAGAGCUAAAGAUGAUGGGAUGGAUAUUAUUAAUCUCUCGCUUUCAGGAGAUGGGUGGGCCGAAUCACCGACGUCGGAGAUGGCCGACAUUCUUGCAAAAUUAGGAAUUGUCGUGGUAGCAGCAAACGGAAACUAUGGUACCAAAGGGCUCUGGGAAUCCGGUGUGCCUGCUAUAGGGCUUGAUGCUAUAUCUGUUUCGUCAGUAGAAAAUACCCAUCUUACAGUGCACAAAGCGUUUGUCACCAGUAAUCGAUCUAUUGAAAUUGACUACAUAACCAAACUUGCAAGACCUUUUCCACUGUAUAAGGUUAAAGUAGCUGUGUACUCAAACAACAAAUGUUUAAAAGAUUUUUCUGUCUAUGAAUCAAAGAUACUCGUAAUCGAUCUUGCAAAUUUACCGAAGAAUUGUACAUUAGCGUCGUCUAAAAUACAAAAAUACGUUUCUGGAAUAUUCGCAUUAGAAAGUAACUCUUCACUUCCUCUAUAUCCUAUGUUAACGCUACCUACGCAAUUUACUGUUCCCUAUGCGACCUUGAUCCCCAAGCAAUUUCAUCAACUUGUUGCACUAGCCGCGGAAUUUCCUGAAUUGGAAUUGGAUUUCUCGGACACUUAUACUUACUUGAUACCUAAUGAAUUUGGAAAAGUUGUUUCACCUUUCGCGUCUUGGGGUUUAACUCCUGAAUUGGAUAUUAAGGAACUUUCAGCGCCCGGAGGAAUGAUAUUCUCACUUUAUCCUCUAAAGUAUGGUGGAUACUCCAUGAUGUCUGGAACUAGCAUGUCUACACCUUAUGUUACGGGAUCUGCAGCCUUGUUGCUAGAAAAACAUGGCUAUCAAGGUCCAAGAGCCUCUCUGCUAAUCCGUCAGGUGCUCAUGAAUUACGCCAUACCCACUGUCGAUGUAAAAAAUGAAUUCGCCUCAGUACUUCAACAGGGUGCCGGCCUCAUUAACAUAUACAACUCCGCCUCCGUUUCAACAUUGAUCACCCCCGUAAAACUAGCAUUGAAUGACACGCUCAAUGGAAAUUUCAGUUGGCGUCCAUUGUGGAUUUACAAUGGAGGAAAUAACCCAAGGAAUUAUACACUUUCAAAUCUUCCGGUGGUUUCUGUGGAUGGAUAUGUUAAUGGGACUCGUAGCGCUUCGUACAAACGGAUGAAGUUCAAUAAUCAAGUGAUAGCAGAUGUGGAGUUUCAUGAAAGUUUCGUGACAGUUGAACCGGGAGAGAACAAAAGUGUAUUGAUAAAGAUCACUCCGCCGAAGGUCAGCGGCACGAGCCGUUGGUUUUACAGUGGAUUUAUUUUGGUGGAGUCGAGGAACGACGGUGUUAAUCUUACCGUUCCUUAUGCCGGAUAUGCAUCAGCAGUAAGAGAACUUCCAAUGAUGCCUUUACCAACCUAUCCACGACUUUUAACAUCCUCUUUAAAAGUGGUGCCCGAAAAUGCAUCUGCCACCUUUAGCAUGUAUGGUUAUGACGUCCCAAUUGUCCAAUAUGUUUUAUCAACUCCUACUCGUUAUUUGCGUGUUGACAUUCUCGACGAAAAUAAGUCCGUAUUGUUUCUAUACGCAAAAGCCAAUUACGUGAGCAAAUCUCGAUUGACCAAAGGAAUUCCGCUGUUUUUUUAUUGGGAUGGUUCGAACGGUUAUAAAAGUCUCAAGAGUAAUAAAUCCUACGAGAUCGUGCCGGAUGGAAUUUAUCACAUAAGGUUGAGUGCGCUGAAGUUGUUAACAGAUCCUGAGAAGGAUGAAAGUUGGGAGAGGUGGAUUUCUCCCGAGAUAAUUACUUACUACUACGAUAAAGUAAUUAAUUGGUUUCCAGGUCACAUGGCAAAGGGCUUAAGAGUGAUAUCAGAAAGGUUAUCAACUGUAGACGUUAUCGUUGAGGCAAGGGAUUCUAGGAUAUCCUUUGUUAUUGGAAAAUUCGAAGAAAUCACAAGAUUCAAAGAACGAAUUAUUGUCUAUAAUAAGUGUGAUUUGGCAGAAGAGAAUACUCAAGGUACGAUAAAGGGUGCAUUCAAAAAAUAUCGCAACCAAGAUGUGAUAUUCACGAAUGCCAAUAUGGACAAGAAUGUUAAGAAGAUUGUCGAUUUUGCCGCAAAUAAAGCAAAAGAGAAUCCAGAGAAGUAUCCAUUUGUCAUGGUGAUGGUAGUAGGAAUGCCGAAUGUCGGAAAGUCAUCUCUGAUAAAUUCCAUGCGAAGGAUUGGCGUUCAUAAAGGAAAAGCAGCAAGGACUGGAGCACUACCGGGAGUGACAAGAUCAGUAUCAGGGACAACUAUCAAAGUGUUGGAAAAUCCUACUGUCUAUUUGAUUGAUACUCCUGGUGUGAUGAUACCGCAUAUUCCAGAUCCAGUACGUUCUUUAAAGGUCGCGUUAACAGGUGGCAUAAGAGAUCAUUUGUCAGAUGAAGAAGUAAUGGCAGAUUAUUUGCUCUGGAGAUUAAAUCAUUUUGGAAACUUUAGUUACGUCGAAAAAUUCAAACUUCCCGGUCCAACCGAUGACAUUUACUCACUUCUUCCAGCGAUCGCAAAACAUAUCGGAGCCUUACAUAAGUAUGGUGAAUACAAUUUGCAACAAUCUGCUAUGUUCUUCAUCAAACAAUACAGAAAUGGGAAAUAUGGCAGAUAUACAUUAGACGAUGUCUCGCCGGAGGGACUAAAAUCAUAUUUCGAAAAUGAUGACGAUCCGGGAAGGGAAAUAAUGAUGAGUAGGAAUCAAGAGAAAAAGAUGAAAUGGGCAGCCGCCACAGAAAAAAGAUUAGAAAGGUGGAAGAAAAAAGGGUUUGUUGUGGGAAAAGGAAAGAAAUAA